UUGAUAAAUAAAUAAAUAAAAAUGAUAAAUCCAAGUUGGUAUCUUGUUGUCAAUUGUUGUACCUCCGCAACGUUUUAAUAAUAAUAAUGGUUUUUUAGGCGACUGUGUCGCUUUUCUUUCUUGAUUUCCCAGAAUACAUUGUUCUUCAGGGCGUUUUUUUUUUUUUUGAGUAACACCAACUAAUACCCAAAAAGCCAAAGACCAAAUAAAAAAAAAAGGGAACUUGCUAUUUCAUAAAAUGAGCUUGCCCAGCUUUAACCAGCAACAAGCAAUGGCGACUAAUAAAUUGACAGAGAUUCCAGAUGACAGUACUGCUUUAGACAAUAGCAAUGACUCCAGAAGGGAACAAUUACGUCUCAUUCAACCAACCAUGUCAACUCCAGAGUCAAAUAAUCUUGAACUCUUAGAUCCCAGUAUUAUGGCAGAUAGAGAAACUAGUAUGCACGUAACAGCAUGGGUGGGGGCAAAUUAUGUUCAAGAAAGAGAGCACAACGUUCCUAGAAGAAAUAUGUUUGAACACUAUAAGGCAUUUUGUACUGCCAAUAAUUUGACACCUGUCAAUUCUGCUACAUUUGGGAAGCUAUUGCGGGUUGUAUUUCCCGAAUUAAAAACAAGAAGGUUGGGUGUAAGAGGCCAAUCAAAGUACCAUUAUUGUGGCAUCCGUGUCAGAACACCUGAUGACAUGGAUAUCGUAGGAAGAAUCAAUUAUUCUUCUGAUCAAAAUACAAUGCCACCAGUUUCCUCAAAUAGUCCAAGUACCAUCGCCAGUGGAAGUAGUUCGUCUGCACAGCCAUCUCCUUCAACAAGUUCUCGUUUACCUGGUUUCACUGCGCCUACUCCUGCGUUGGUUGGAACAAACCAAGCAACUGACAACAAUUUAAUCACUUCAUUCACAAAUGCUUAUGAACGUCACUGCACAGAGAUACUUGAUUUGUUAGCUACUAACCAGGUUGAUAAAAUCAAGGAAAUUAUGAAGACUUUCUAUGGUGAUAUGCCUGAACGAUAUGUUCGUCUUAUUCAAAGUACUCCUGAAGUCACAGAGGCUGUUUGGAGAUGGGAUUGUUCUCUUUAUGAUUCUAUGAUUCUCAACUUUUUACCUUCUAUCCAUCACACUCUUUCCCCAGAAAGAUUGAAUUCAUUGAGAACAUAUACACGUGAAUUACGAGAAUAUAUUGAAUCCAAUUUGGUCCCUUACCCUGCCAGUUUCUAUCAGAAAAAAGCGGAUGUGGCUCGUAUCUUUGCUGCGAAAUUUCGUAGACAGCUCUCAUUAAACUUUGCUGCUCACACUGCUUCCUCUGUUUUAAACAUGCCAGAGCAUAUUGUCUUGAUGCGUUAUGACUGGGAGCACUUUGACUUUGAUGGCAUCUUGGAUCAAGCUUUAUGGGUUUGUGAAUGUGAUACAAGCGAAGUUCGAAAUAUACUAAGACAUGAAGUAUCUGAACUUUUAAGCUCUAAAGGAGGUAUUGAACAGUGGAUGGGCUGGGUAGCUAUGCUUGUUGAUAAAUACUUGAAACGUUACACACCUACAUCCUUAAAUGAUGCCAAUCAUUAUUUAGCUCGGUGCAAGCAACUCUUAUUAAAAUGGUCAUUCCACACAACCCUUAUCAUGAAAGAUAUGACACUUCAACAAGCUAGAAGCUUCGGCUCAUUCCAUAGCUUGAAGUUAUUCUUGGAUGAUUAUAUCUUGUACAUGGUUGAAGAAAACAUUGCUCAAGUCAACUAUGCUUUAAUGCAACAACAGCAGCAAAGAGAAGACGCUUCUUCUAGCUACUACGUAAACUCAAAUGUAGCAACCCCGUCUGAGCGUAAUACAAACUAGUGAGGUACAUUUAUUGUAACACACUACACAUUACAGCUACAAGGGUAAAGGAAAACAUCAUCUACAAAAAAAAAAAGACAAAAAAAAAUCUAUACAUAUUCAGCUCUAUAUCUACAUACACAUGCACAUGCACAUGCACAUCUACAAAACAUUAAUACUCUCACUUCUACAUAAUUUCUGAACACCCGUCUACUUUUUCCUUCUUUUAAAAUUGCUUGUAAUAUAUAUAUAUAUCUAACUCAAAAUAAAAACAUUGAUAUACCUA